AUGGGAUGCGGACACUCGGAUCGCAAGUCGUCGGAUUCGCGGAGCACGGCGUCCGCGUCCUCGUCGACGGACCAACAGCCGCCCCAUUACCCGGCCCGCGGACACCGUCGGGACCCGACCGCGCGCUGCAGCGGUGACGACGACGACGACGCCGCGCGCUACUGCACCGACGAUUGCGGCGCCGUACCGGGAUUCCGGACGUCCUCCGCCGGCGGCCGCCGGUCGUGGACCGAAGUCGGGUUUCCCGUCCACCGCAUCACCAAAAUCAUGCAGGUACGUAACGCUUGAGAAUCAAAAAACCGACGUACAAAACCGUACAAUGUUCUUACCCUUAAGUUUGACAAUAGGCUCAUACAGUCUAGUGUUGAAACUAAGCAGCACGAAACCGGUUUUUAUAUCCGAAAUGUAUAAAUAUAACGACAUUAAUCGCAACAUCACCAGAAUACGGUGCACGUCUGGUCAUAAACAUGCCGGUAGAUCACACGCCAUUACCCACUUCGGCCAAUUGCCUAUUAAUAAAAACUUCCAGGAGGUGUCUGUGCACAGUCGGUCCCCAACCUCAAAUGGUUCACUAUUAUCUAUAAUUGGACAGGUGAAAUAUUUUAUAAGAUUGUUUGAACUAUACACACAUUAAUUGUGUCAUUGCAAACGGAAGAAGAUUCUGAGUGAAAUAUUUGUCGAUGAAUUUAAAUUGAACAUUGUAAUCACAAAAUUAAUUACGAUUAUAGUCGAUUGUGUUUCAACGAAUUUUAACUUAAAAUGCUGAGAAAAUUAAAUUACGAACAUUCAUAGCAAACACUAUACACGCCAAGCGUGAGUCUAAUAGUAAAUUACAUUUAUUAGAACCAAACUGAUAUUUUAAUACCCACACUACAUGCAUGAGAACAUACAGACAAUGGUCAAUCAAAGCUAAGUAAUAUAAUUGUUAGCAUUGUUUCAUGUUUGACACCUAACUGUUUAAAUGAAAUUACAAUUUAAUAGUUUUCUUUUUUCCUCCCCCUUAAACACGCUGAGUAAAAUUUAAAAUAAUGCUACGCUUAGAUAGGUAAGCUUAGAUCGCCAAAACUCGGUAACGACAAAUCUUAUUAUUUUUUAAUAAUAUCGCUAUCAAGUGUAAAAUAUUAUUUUCUAACGAUUUGCAAUACAGUAAAAAAAAAAAUUCAAAAUUACCAAAUAACUGUGAUAAAACUGUUGAAAUCCAUAGAUUUAUAGAAAUACACGGAACAUGGUUGGUGAAGAUUGUUACGAGGAUUCAAAUUAUAUUGAUAACAUGAAUAUUAUUAUUAUUACCAAUCUAUUUGUACAUAUUCAUCGGCUUCUUGCCAAAACUCGGUAACGGAAAAAAAGUAUUUGUUCAGAAAACGAAUUUAAAGUUUUUAAAAAUUUGAUUUUUGGUCUCAACCCAAUAAAAUCCUUAAUUUUUAAGAUAUUUACAUAAUUUUUUUUUUUUUUUUUAAUGAAUUCAGAAUAAAAUAAAUUGAAUUUUUGUAAAAUUGUUUAAUACAACACAGUUAUUUCUAUCAGUAAAGUUUAUUGUAUAUAAAUAGUUUAGUCGUUAGUUUUACCAAAUAUAAAAAUGAUUAUUACGGUUUGUAUCAGAUCUUACCCAAAAUCAAAAAUAUUCAUAAAUUCAUGUUUGCUUUGAUCUAAGAUGCACAAUAAAAGAUUAUUCGAUACGGCAAUUGUUCCGUGACUAUUUUCUGUAUACAAAAAAUCAUUUUUAGAUUCGGAGCGUAGCGAUUGAUCUAUUGGUUUUACUAUGAUUUGUAUUUAUUUUUUUUGUGUGUGUUUGUGAGCAACUUUUCUGCCAGGAAUCUUGCUCCGAUGUAUCAAGUAUGGCACGUUUCUGAAUCUAAAUUUUAUCCAGUUGGUACAUUGAAGAGGUAAUUUUUUGACUUUCAAAUGAAUUUUCAUAAUAAUUGGGAAGAAAAACUAGCUAUAAUAUUAUCGGAAAAACGGCAAAUAUUUAACGUGCACCGCGGCAUUAAAGAUUUGAUUGUUUUUAAUUUUUUAAAAACUAUGGUUUCUACCAGAAAUAUUGCUCCAAUAGAAAAACGAAAGAAGCCUUUAUUGUUGAAUUUUGGAUCUAAUUGCUCACGAAGUUAAUCGUUUUCUGAUUUGCCAAGUUCUUUUCAUAAUAAUUGGAAGAUACUGGAAUAAUAGCAAAAAUGAAAACUGAUAAAUUUACAAUGUUCUGAUUCCUUUAUUUGAAAUUUGUACGGCUUAUGUUUUCUACCAGAAAUAUACUGCUCAAAUAGAAAAACAACAAUAGACCUUUUUUGUUGUAUUUUUAAUGUAACUGGUAAGUAAGAAGUCAUGUUUUGAUUUCUCCUGUUUAUUUUUUUUUAAUAAUUGAACAAAACUGAGGAAAAAAACAUAGAAAGAACCGGAAAAUUUACGAAAUUAAUGCUUUCAUUAUUUUCAAUUUUUUUUUUUUUUUCUUGUAAAUCAGUGAAAAAUAUUCUUAAAAAAUCAAAGAAUACUUAUAUAACUAUUUUUUUUAGACGUGAUAAAACGUUCAAUAUAUUGGAACCAUUUUUGAGCUAUUUAUAAAUAUUUUAAUGUAAUCUAGUAUUUUAGAUUCUGAGCAGAGCGAGAAAUGUAAUGAUUUUACAAUGAUCUUUAUUUGUAUUCUUUUUUUUUAUUUAUAAACAACUUUUCUACCAGCAAUUUUGCUCCAAUUUUUUAAACUAAAUUUGACUGGGGAUAGUACUUUAAGGUGGUCAUUUUUUGAUUUAUCCCAGGGGCUUUCAUAAUAAAUAAGGAAAAGAGCUGUACUGGGAAUGGGAGCGGCUAUUGUUGUAGGUGAGAAUUUGAGAAGGUAGGAUACAAAAGGUUAUUUCAUUAAUACCUGUAAGCAACGAGAAACCAUUUCUUGACCAAAGACGAUUCCGAGCACAGUUCGGUAAUACAUUGCCGUAAUUUCUUUGGCGAUUUUCGUUUAAAUUUAAUUUCAAAAUGUUUAUUAAAAAAAAAAAAAGUCAAUUGGAGCCAUAUUUGUGCUAGAAAACUUGGUAAAUACUUAAAAAUAACUUAUAAAAUAACGAAAUCGUGAAAAAUCAUAUAUUUUUUUCUCGGUCAAUCGUUUUUAUUUUAAAUACUGUUUCGAAAAUCAAAAAAAUGACCUAUAUAUUUGCCAAGUAAAUAAAAUUGACUUUCAGAAAAGGUGCUACACUUAUACUUCGGAGCAAGUUUGUUCAGGAUAUAAGUGGUCUACAAUAUAAAAAAAAAUAAAGUAGGUACCAUUGUAAACAAAUUAAAAUCAGGAAAGAAAGUCAUCCGAUGAUUUUAGAUAUUUCACCACGUCUAGGUAAGUCCAAUUUAAGUAUUAUUCCUAUGUUUCAAGUCUCUAAGUGUAUUUAAAACCGAAUUACAGUAAAAAACUUCCCAAAAUUAAAAUUCCUGAAAAACUCAAAAGUGGCUCAAAGGUUUUGGCAAUAAUACCGUAGAAAGUAAAUCAAAAGACAACAAAAAAUAAUUUUUGUCUUGUAAUUUUUCGAUUAAAUUAUUUCUUCUGGUAGAAACGUCGUCUAUGUUUUUAUAAAAUAAUGAAAUCGUGAAAUUGCUCGUUUACCUUUUAUUUAAAAAAUGGCGUUGAAAAUCAAGAAUCAGAAAAGUUGCUAAACGUAAAAAUCAAAGCUGGUUUACUAGAAAAAAAACGUGUCCACAGACUAGAAAAAUAAUAAAAAUCUUAGUAAAACCAAUAACUCUCUCGCUACGCUCGGAAUCUAAAAAACAUAGGAAAACGGGAAAAUGGGCACAAUAUAUUAAACAAAUAUUAUUAAAGAAAAAAUAUAAUAAUAUAAUUUAUAUACAUGUAUUUUACCAUAAUAUGACAUAUAUAUUGUUCACAAAGCAACACUAUUAACCAAACUCCACUCAGAGUGGAUUUUCGUUAACGAUGAUUAAUCGCUGCUUACAGAUGUAAACUAAAUAACUUAAAAAACUAUCUUCGCAACUUCCCACCUACAACAGUGGCACACUCGUUCCUAAUAUCGGCUCUUUUUUAAAUUUCAAAAAAAAAAAAUCUAAAAGAUUUAGGAAGGUCGUGUCGUACGAAUUUGUCGACAAAUUAUUUAGUUCAACAUUAAUUAUAAUUAUUGUUAUUUUUUAUGAUAAAUUUUUAAAAAAAUGGCUUUUUAUUAUUUUAAACUAUAAGUAAAAAUCACGAACACUGUUCAAAUCAACUAUCAAUAUACAUAGUGCCAGACUAGACUUGACUACUUUGCAAACGCGACCAGGACCCAAAAUAGUAUUUGUGUCUGGGGUCCCUCAAGGCCCAAGAUUUAUAAAAUAUCUUGAUUUAACUACUGUCUGUUUUUUGUGCAGAUUUUAUUUGACUAUUGCAGACUACAGUAAAAUAAUAAAAUGUAAUAAUAAAUUAAAUUAUUCAUUUGUUAGGCCUAAUAAUUGUAUGAGCUAGUAAAUUUAUGCAACAAUUACUAAAAACUGAAUGUGGCUAAAAAUCACUUUUGUCACUAUAGCAUAGGUAUAUAUAUUAUAUACAAUAUACAUGUAGUUCAUGCAUGUACGCAGGGAGGUGUUUCGGUUAUUUAAACACCUCCCGGAGGGUUUAGUUUAACCUAACCUAAUAUUUCAUGUUCAUUAAAAAAAAAAAAAUUCUAAUUUUCAGUAACUGAUUUUAAUAAACACACACCAAAUUGUGUCUACGUACGUCCCUGAUACCUAUAAAGGACAGUGGAAGUGCAAAGAGGGUAUAUUUGAAUCACGUGAUUCGUAAAAAACCGGGUGUUCAGAAAUAUAAUUUUAUUAUUAUGUUUUUACAAAAUAAGUCAUUCAAAUAUUUUUGACUGUAGAAAUUUGAUUAGUUUGACAAAUUUUAUUGAAAUUCAUCAGAUUUACUGUAAUAAUCCACUAUCAUUUUUGAACCUAACCUAACCGAAUCGACGAUUACGGAGGAUUAGAUAAUUUCGGAGGAUUUGAAUCGUACUUUUCGGAGUAUUAUUAGCGUUUGUUUUUAAGAAUACAAAUAACAUUUUUUUUUUUUACUUGGACAACUUGCAUGCCGAUGGUGAGUUUACCUGUAGAUCAUCUCCAAGACCUGGACAACCAGGUCAACAUUCACCAAUGACGGGUAUACUUGGAGACAGUGCAGGAACUGGCAAGGGAUUCCGGGAUGCGAUCAUAUCAGUAAAUAUUUACUGAAAUGCAAUUUGAAGUUUAAUUUUGAACCUUUUUUUAUAUACAUUUUAAUUUAUUAGUUGCAAAGUUAUAAAACUAAAAAGUAGAAAAUAAACAAAAUAAAAUAUUAAGGUUUUUUUUUUAAAAAAAACCAUGCUUUUCUUGAAAAAUGCACUAAAAAUUAAAAUACCUAGUAUGUAAGUACCAACUAGAUUCAUUAACUAUUCAUUAUUUGUAUGUUUUUUACAUAAAGACCUUUACAGGGAAGAAUUUGUGCCAAGGACAAAUAUAUAACACCUGAUACCAAGAGUUUUUGUAACACCAAAACAUUUGAAAUAAAACUGUUAUGGGAUGAAACUUUUUAUCAAUUUAAGCAAACAAGUGGGUAACGAAAUAAGUUCUGAAAUUGUUUGUACUAUCUAUCUUUGGUCAUCUUUAUAUUUUAACCAAAACAAAUUAAAAUUAAAACUAAAACUUAGGUAAAUAUGUGCCAUAUGUACAAUUAGAGUAAAUUAUUAAUUAAAAAACAAACUGACAUACUUUACAUGAUGGGUAGACCACUGUUGUGGUUGAAAAGUUGAGAAGUUAGAAGGGAAAUUUAAUGUAUAUCUAUACACAAAGAUUAAUCAUUGCUAACGAAAACAGAGCGAAAUUCGGUUAAUACGUUUUAAAAGACCGAAAUAUUUACGAUUUAAAAAUAAUACAUUUUGUACAUUUUCUAGUUUUUUCUAAGUUUUUCGAAACUAUUAUGAAAACUCCUGGGAAAAUCAAAAAAUCCCAUUUAGUUUUCCUUUCAUAAAAAUACUACACUUAAAAAUCAGAGCAAAACUUUUGUUAAAAAAAUUGUUCACAGAUAAAAAAAAAAAAUAAUAAUAUAAGUUUUUAAAAGUUAUUUAAUACAAAUAUAUUCCUCACUUUAUUUAAAAUCUAAAAUGUGAACUCGCUGCAAAACGAAUCUACAUCAACCAGCAAAAAUUUAGGUACAUUAAGAUUUGAAAUUCUAUUCUAAAUAAUAUUGUUGGCUAUAAGGGUAACCAACAUAGGUCAUCUACUACACUAUUUAGUAAACAAUUAAAUCUAUUUUUUUUUUUUAUAGGUUGAACAAGUAGAUAUUUGUGAGGAACAAAACAAUAGCAAAUUCAUAAAUACUUUACGCGAUGAUUACAAUAAUUCAAAAGUAUAAUGACAAAAAUAUUUUAAAUUUUGUAUUUUUAUGCUAACAAAUUGAAUAAUUUAGAAAACUAAUAGUUUUUAUUAUUAUUAUUAAAAUAAGGGAUUUCCAGAAAUAUUGUCAAUUCAAGGUAGUUGGAUAUAUGGUUUAAAUGCAGGAGGAUCGAGAAACAAUUUAGACAUGUUUGAAACUAACCCACAAUAUUUGCUCAAAUUUUCUUCAGGUACCUAUUAUAUGAAAUUAGUUUGUGUGUAUAUUUUGACUGAUAUUAACAUUUUCUUUUUUAAUUUUUAGGACUCAUUGAAGAAGAUCAUUUAUUUAUUACCAUCAAAAUAUUAUUAAAAGUUAAACGACUUAACAAAAAAAAUCCUUUAUAUGUUGCAUUUUUUUUGUACAAAGUAAACUAUAAUAUUUAUAUUAUACACAGAAUAUAUCAACUUAUUUUUUUUCAGAAUGACUUUCAACAAAAAGAAACAUUAGGAUCAGAGUAUUUUUUGUGUACUGAACCAGAAGGUAGUUCUGGGAUGUUCAAAGCAAAACAAUUAGUCUCAGAAACAUUUGUAGUUUCGACAUUGGCGAGUUAUGUCAUAGUACCGGCUACCUUUAAACCAUUUCAACAAGGAGAAUUUGUGAUCAAAGUGAUGGUGGAUCGAAAACUCGGCACCAAAUUAAUAAAAUUAAUACCACCAACCAGACCAUCUGUUGGCAAUAUAAACAUACAAUAAUAAUAAUAAUACUAAUACAACAUAGAGUCUGAAUAAAUGUUUAAAACUUAAUUUAUUAUGUUUUGAGUGCAUUUAAAUGAAAAUAUACAUUAUAAUUAUUGUUGUUAAAUUUAGUUUAAGAAAAAAAAACAAUUUAUAUACAUAUUUUUCACACAAAUAAAUAUUACAAACCUUAGAAUAUACAAUGCAUUCUAAAAUUCAGCACACAGCAUUCCAAAUGUUUAUUCGAUUUGCUCUAAAACAUUGUAAACUGCAUAAAGGCACGCCGGUUCGAGAACACGAAUAUUUUUUAGGAUUUUCACAACCAUCUACUCCGCACAUUUGUUGAACAGGUGGAGGUCUAAAUAAUAAUACAAA